AUGGCGGUGGCCUCUCUAAAUCCAUCAUCUUUCCAUCACCCUAAACACCUUCACCACCGUCCUUCCAAUUCCAACCAUCUCUUCCAUAAAACCCUAAACCUCCAUUUUCAAACCAAACCCAUCUCACCCACCUCCAUAACUACUACUUCCUCUUCUCUUCCAACCCUAAAUUCAAAAACCCACAUCCAAAACCAUCAAGAACAUGAAGAUUUACAGGAACAUGAUCCACCUCUUCGUCAAAUUUGGAAAGAAAUCCAAGGAUCCGACGACUGGAAUGGUCUUUUAAACCCCAUAAACUCCCACCUCCGCCGUGAAAUCAUUCGCUACGGUGAGUUCGCCCAAGCCUGCUACGACUCGUUCGACUUCGACCCACGAUCCAAAUACUGUGGAACUUGUAAAUAUACGGGUACGCAUUUCUUCGAAAAGCUUGAAAUGGGUGAUCGUGGAUACCAUAUUAGCAGGUACUUGUAUGCCACUUCCAAUAUCAAUCUUCCAAAUUUCUUCCAAAGAUCCAAGUUAUCGAGUGUUUGGAGUCAACAUGCGAACUGGAUGGGGUAUGUGGCGGUUGCCACCGAUGAAGAUGAGGUCCAGCGACUUGGCCGGCGAGAUAUCGUCAUCGCAUGGCGAGGAACCGUCACGUAUCUUGAAUGGAUUCAUGACCUGAAGGAUAUCUUGCAUCCGGCUCAUUUCAGCGAUGAUCCUUCGAUCAAGAUCGAAUCAGGGUUCUUCGAUUUGUACACGACUAAAGAACAGGCAUGCCAUUAUUGCUCGUUUUCGGCUCGCGAACAAAUACUUUCAGAGAUCAAGAGAAUUAAAGAGAGGUACGAAGGUGAAGAGCUCAGUAUCACGAUCACAGGACACAGUCUCGGGGCAGCACUCGCGCUAUUAAGCGCUUACGACAUUGCAGAGAUGAGAUUAAACUAUACAAACACCGGUAACAAGAUCCCGAUCACGGUCUUCUCGUUCUCCGGCCCAAGAGUCGGUAACUUGAAGUUCAAGGAACGUUGUGAUAAGCUUGGGAUCAAGGUUUUACGGGUGGUUAAUGUACACGAUAAGGUUCCGAAAGUGCCCGGAAUCUUUGCUAACGAGAAAACAAAACACCAGAAGUACAUCGAAGAAAAGAUUUUGUUUCCAUGGAGCUACGCUCAUGUGGGAGUGGAGUUGGAAUUGGAUCAUAACGAUUCACCAUUUUUGAAACGAACGAAUGAUAUCAGCUGUGCUCAUAAUUUGGAAGCUUUAUUGCAUUUGGUGGAUGGUUAUGGUGGUGAUGGUGGUGGUGGAGGGUUUUGUUCUGCAGCUAAGAGGGAUAUUGCACUAGUGAAUAAGAGUUGUGAUUUCUUGAAGGAUGAGUAUGGGGUGCCGGCGUACUGGCGGCAGGAUGAGAAUAAGGGGAUGGUGAGGGGUGGCGAUGGGCGGUGGGUGUUGCCGGAGCGGCCGCGGCUGGAUUCGCAUCCACCGGACACGGCGUACCAUCUAGAACAAGUUCUCAAGUUUGCCACCAAAUCUACUUUGAAUGCACUUUGA